CUUCUACCCCUGAUGCCCAUUCGUCAAGUCCAGCUUCCCCUGAAAUCCCUGGAACAAUGUGCUGUCUGCUGCAAGAAAUUAUCAGAACUCAAGCUAUGCUCAUUCUGCGGGGAAACAGGAGACUGGGUGAAGCACAAAAGAAUAUGCGGCAAGAAACAGACUGACAGGAUCUCACUGGAUCAAUUCCAUCCCAUUCUAGCAGUGCUAGCUGAAUCCAAUCGUCUUUUACCUGCUAGACCCAUGCAUCCCGCUAUCACUCGCCAAAUAAUGAACACACCCAAUCCAUAUGUUCCUGAAAUGACCUUUCCGGAUGGAACCAGCGCGAAGCUUGUUGUAUUGGGCAAAGAAAUAGGGUCAACUGUGCACCCUGUGUUGAACAAUGAAUGGUGGCCCACUGCUUUGUCUGAUCAAGUUCGCGGCAAACUUGUGCGCCGUUUCUUGCGCGAAGGACAUAUUCUUCCUCUCAUUUCCGCUGUCCUCGUCGCCCUCUUGGGCGAAAUGUACACUUCUCCCGACGGAAACUCGUCCCUGCGACGAAGCAGGCUCAACUACAAAAGCUCUCCUAUUGCGGAUUUCGGUAUCGCGAGAGGCAGAGCGAGUGUCACACCUCAGGACAUGUUCGCGUUCUGGGACACACUCACUGAUCAGUUUUGGCUCGGUCAGGAUCCAAAGGAUCAUUAUUGGAUAUACUUCACGACUCUGAAGGGCGAAGAGCUCGUCUUGGACUUCGGGUUGUUCACAUUUAACUACUGCACAAUAAUCUCUGCAGAGCCUUACAUCCAUCCAGAUGCAAAUAUGGUACCGGCACCACCUUCCCCUUGCUAUUUCCGGAAUCGCUCGAUGGCGCGAAACGCACCUACCCUCCACACUGAGACUGGUCGUGUGUCUGUGUUGCGUAACAAAAAAUUGCAUCGCUUUGUCGAGCAGGAGUUGAUUAAUGAAUGUCCCCACGACUGCAGCAUCCUGUUUGACUUUAUGGAAUCCUUCUCCUCUCGCCCUUUGACAGUGGAGGAGAAGAAAAUGACCGAAGCUUGGGUUUUUUGGAACACAAAAUGGCUCAGGUGUAUACUCAGCACACGACACUGGGUGAAUUGGCCAGCUGAGCCGGCAUUGGCAAUUGAGCAGGAUCCCGGAGAGAUGGCCGCUCUGGAUAAAUGGACUCCACCAAAGGAUAUGAAGAAGAAGAGAAAAACCAAGAAACGUGAAUACAACAAAGAGACGAUCGGAAAAGUUUUUAAUCGAUGGGAAAACAGGGUGUGAGUCUUCCAUAUAGUUCCCAGGUUUCUCCGCAUUUUGUACCAUAUUCCGCUGUAAUUACUGAAGUGUACUGUUCAAGAGAUUUUAUCUGUAUUUGGGU